AUGUCGGCUGAUCUUGCUUUUUCUGGUAAGUUAACGUAUUUUUGUUUUUUAUAUUGUUUUAGGUAUGAGCUGUUCAUUGGACGAGUUUCCUUCAAACACACAUAACCUUAUAAACACGCUGUUUGCUGUGGAGAAGUUCGCUGUUGCCUUGGAAGAAUGUACAGAUAUUGGUGAGAAUCAACAGAAUGCUGAAAGCUUGAACAAUAUCAAGAAUGUUGUUUACGACAUUGUCGAUGGGUUCAGAGGACUUAACAGUGCUGAAAACCUUGAAAAGGGUAUUCCAGUCAAAGAGCAUGAAGAGUUGUUGGCAAAGUGUCAGGAAUUGGAGAAAACAAAUGAAGGUCUUCUUUCUCAGAAUCAGAAUCUCAUGGAGAAGAUUUCUGCUUUGGAAUCUUCUGGAACAGGAGCUGAGGUAAGACUUAUUGUGAUAUUUUUCAAAUAUAAUUGUUCUAAAUUGGGAGUUUAUAACAUAAAUUUCUAACUUUACUUAUCUUUAGCAGAAAAUUGACGAAGAGAACAGAAAGGAAAUCUUCAGACUUCAGAGUCUUAUCGAACAACAUGAAACCGAAUCGGCUCAGAAGUUAUUGCACAUGGAGGAAGAGCACGAUCUUCUUCGUGUAAGUUAAAUUGUUAUAUUGUGAUUUCUGUUUUAGAGAGAAAAAGACGAUUUGGAAGAGAGACUGGACUUUGUGAAGACAGAAUCAGAAGUGCUACGGUCCGAGUUUGAGGCCUUUAAGGUUCGGAAGGAGCAAGAGAUCAAGAAGCUGAUGAAGGAAAUUGACGAGGCUGAUAAUUACUUCAUGGCGGUUGGUGGCCAAAAGUCGUAAGUGAAUAUUUUUAAACUUUUAAUAAAGCAUUUGCUACUGUAAAUUAGAUAUGUUUAUGUUGUAUAUGGCAGCUAAUGGUCUUAUGUCAAUUUAUAUUUUUUUAGAGCUGACAAAGAGAACAGAACUAUCACUUUAGAAGAGAAUCUGGUAUUCGAAGAAUCUGCGGAGACUGCCAAGUUGUAAGUUUGUUGUUUUAUGAAAUUUGUUACCUAAAAAGUAUAUAAGUCAUAUUCUACAUAUUGAUGCUGUUGCUUUAUUCACUUAUUGUUUUUAGGAACACUACUAAUACUGUAUCAUCAAAUGUGUCAGUCAACAUGGACGACACCUUGAUGAUGAAUCCUCCCUCUGGUCUGGAAGAUCAAAACAAGUUGGCCAUUGGGGCUUUGAUCAACAUCUUGAAAUCAGUUUAUGAUUCUACUAACCUGCUGGUUCAGUACAUGAAGGGUAAUAGUGCUGUCGACCCGAAAGAAGGCUGGCUUGAGAAGUGCCGCAACAUGAGAAGAUUGUUGUUUGAACUUCUGGGACACUUGCGACUCAUCGAGAAGGAGGGUGGAGUAAGUAAUACGUCUUUACUGUCAGAUUUAACUAGUUAAUAUGUAUUUAUAGUGUAAAAGUAAUAUACUUUUUAUUAUUGAUAAGGUCACUUUAUAUGAUAAGAUGUGGUGUUUAGAACCAAGACUUCAAUAUCAGCGCCAUCUUGAGCCAUCUGUCAGCCAUGUCGCGGACCUUGGAGAGUGUUACCAGCAGAAGAAAGUAA